AUGGCUAUCGAUUGGGGACUCAUCGGAGGUUACCCCGGGAAUUUACCACUGGCUACGCCUCGAACUGCUCCACAUUCUCCUUCGCUAGACACCAAAAAUAUUCCGUUACCCACGAAAGAAAAACAGCAAUUUGGCCAAAACUAUCCAAUUCCGUAA